AUGAGUUCUUCUUCUGAUAGAGGCCAGUCUAAUGAGAGCGGUGAUAAGUUCAUCGCCACGACAAGUGGCGGUCGAAACAACCCGAAACAGAUCCAUAUUGCACACAGACGGUCUGCUAGUGAACUAACCAAUCUCAUGAUUGAACAAUUCACUCUCCAGCGGCAGCUGGAGAUCGUGCAAGCCCAACAGCAGCAACUGAUUGCUCAGCAACAGAUGGCGCAUCAACCUGGUCAAUUUCCUGCAGGGAUGGCUGUCCCUGGUCACGGCUCGUUCGUGCCCCAGCCACCCCAUCCGAUGUACAGCAACACCGUAACCCCUUCGCCUUCUACUCAGAAUAGCAGAAGCCGGUCCCACUCCAGGAACAAUUCCGGCUACUAUAAUAACAACGAAUUCGCUCCACCGUCAGGAGGUCACCGGAAAACAGCAUCUCAAUCCGGAGUGUAUGGCCACAACCGUAGGCACUCGCUUGGUCUAAACGAGGCCAAAAAAGCCGCUGCUGAGGAACAGGCCAAAAGAGCUAGCAGUGGCAUUGCUUUCAAGAUUGAAGACGUGGAAAGCUUGGAUUCUGAAGGACGUCUUGUGUCCGAUCCAAGUGAGCAGUCCGGAUUCAAGUUUCCAACUUCCCCCGUGGAAAAUCUUAAGGGUAACACUCCUCAAACAGUCAGAAACAGCAAUGUCUCUCCUCAAAGGUCGUACCAGUUCCCUCCUAGUAAGGAGAACAGUGACGAUUUUACUCCGGUGAAUACCCCCCGUAGAAAUUCAAACGCUAAGGCCAAGGAUGCUCUAGGCAUCAAUACCAACUGGCGUUCCCAGCAGCAGGCACUACAACCGCCCCAGCCAACGCCUUCGCACGCACAACAAUCCUUUUCUUAUCACAAGAAAAGCUUGUCUCGGGAACAUUCGUCCUUCGGUGGGCUGGAACCGCCACCGGUCUUUCAACCUGGCCAUAGGUCUCGCAACUCAAAUUUGUCAACCCACAGUUUUUCAUCCAACAAUACUAGCGGAAAUCAAAAUGGUCGGAAAUCUCUAUUUGCUCCAUAUUUGCCACAGGCUAACAUUCCUGAGCUAAUCGAAGAAGGAAGAUUGGUUUGCGGCAUUUUAAGGGUCAACAAAAAGAACAGAUCUGAUGCUUGGGUUAGCACUGAUCGCAUUCUCGAUGCAGACGUUUACAUUUGUGGUUCCAAAGAUCGCAAUAGAGCUUUGGAAGGCGAUUUAGUUGCUGUUGAACUUUUGAUGGUUGAUGAUGUUUGGGGUUCCAAGAAGGAAAAAGAAGAGAAAAAGAGGAGGAAGGACGCUAGCAGCCAGCAGGACAUCCCCUUAAAUAGCAACGAAGACUAUCAUAAUGAUGCUUCCGCUCGUACAGCUCCUGCUUCGAGCUCUUCCACGUCUUUAAAUUCCUCCGAAAAGGGUGACCAAUCAUCACCCGCAAAAUCAGGUAGCAUCAAGAGAAAAGGCUCUUUGAAACAACGGCCAACACAAAAGAAGAACGAUGACGUUGAAGUUGAGGGCCAAUCUUUACUUCUUGUUGAAGAGGAGGAGAUUAGUGACACAUAUAGACCUCUUUACGCAGGCCAUGUUGUCGCCGUGUUGGAUAGAAUUCCGGGCCAACUCUUCAGUGGUACAUUGGGGUUAUUAAGACCUUCUCAACAGGCCAACAGUGAUUCUAACAAGCCUAACAAGCCUAAGAUUGUUUGGUUCAAACCUACUGACAAAAAAGUGCCACUUAUCGCCAUUCCAACAGAACAGGCACCUAAGGACUUUGUGGAGAAUUCUGAAAAGUACGCAAACAAAUUGUUUGUUGCUUCGAUUAAGCGCUGGCCUAUUACCUCUUUACACCCUUUCGGAACUUUAGUCUCUCAACUAGGCGAAAUCAAUGAGCCAGAAACCGAGGUUGACGCGAUUUUGAGAGAUAACAACUUUCUUUCUGAUGAAUACUUAGACCCCCAAGACCGCAGCAAAGAGAGAACUACAUUCCAGCCAAUCGCGUUAUCGGAGGAUAAUCUGAAAGCAAGAAAAUUCUUUGAAAAUGCUGUUGCAAUCUCUGAGACAAAUGAUUUCUCUGACUUAGCUUUGCACCUGCAAAAAUUACCUGAUGGUACUUUUGAAAUUGGCUGCCACAUUGUUGAUGUAACUGCACACAUCGAGGAAGGUUCGUCGCUUGAUAGAAGAGCACGUAAACGCUCGUCGGGCGUAUUCAUUCCACAGAAAGUAGUUCACUUGCUGCCACAAACUUUGAACGAUGCUUUAAUGUUGAAACCUGGUAAAGCUACCGCAACCAUUUCGGUAGUAUACCGUUUCAACACUAAUUUCGAUAUUGUUUCCACUUGGAUGGGCGAGAGCUUGGUCAACCCUACUUCCUCAUUGACCUUUCAAGAGAUAAACAUGCAACUAACAUCCGGCUCACCAUCAAGCUUCGUUUCAACCAUCGAAAAGGCAGCAACGGCUUUUUGUCAGAAGCGUUUGGCCUCGAAAUUCGUAUCUCUUCAGCCAGAACUGUCCUUAUUGGAGAGCCUCGAUGACGAAAGGGUUAAAGUUGACCUCAACAUAUUUCAAGUCAGUGCUGCAGCCUCCAUCAUUUCUGAAAUUGAGCGUCAAGUGAACGGAACUGUGGCUCAAGCGAUUUAUGAUAAACUUGGAGAUUUAGCGUUUUUGAGAAGGCAAUCUAAACCGAUUGCCACCAAACUGUCUUCUUUUCAAAAGAAAGUCACGAAACUAGGACUCGAUAUUGAUGUUACUAAUUCUCAAACCACUUUAAGCUCUAUUCUAAAGAUCAAAGAUUACAGCGUCCGCAUGGGAAUUGAGAUCUUGUUGUACAAGACAAUGGGUCGCGCGAAGUAUUAUGUUGCGGGAAAGGUUGAGCCAGACCAUUACGAACAUUAUGCUUUGAAUGUGCCGCUGUAUACACAUUUCAGUGCCCCAUUGAGGAGAUACGCCGACCACGUGGUCCAUCGGCAACUCAAAUCUGUGUUGAACGGCACUCCCUACAAAGAAAGUGACGACUCAUUGAAAAUUACAUCCGAGUAUUGCAAUUUCAAGAAGGAUUGCGCUCAUCAUGCUCAAGAACAAGCUAUUCACCUUCUCUUGUGCAAGACUGUUAACGACAUGGGAAAUGCCACGGGCCAAAUUCUGACGAUGGCCACAGUGCUACAAGUUUACGAAUCUGCUUUUGAUAUACUAAUUCCUGAGUUUGGUAUAGAAAAAAGGGUCCAUGGAGAUCAAUUGCCACUCACUAAAGCUGAAUACGAUGGGAACGAACGCUUGCUCGAGCUUUAUUGGCAAGCUGGGGUUGAUAGUGCGACCUUUGUACCUGCAGAUGAGAAGAAUCCAAAGUCGUACCGUAAUUCAAUCAGAAAUAAAUUUAAGUCGGCCUCAAAAGAGAUUGCCGCAGUUCAGUAUCAGAAAAAUGCGGCCUCUCAAGAGCUUCUAACUGAUGAACUCUCAGAACAAUUGCGCGAUCUUCAUAUUGAUCCUCCCCUGUUGAACUAUCCUAAGUGUGACGAAGGUGAAGAUCCGUUGCAAUGCUUUUUGUCUGGUGUUAUGACAAGGCAGGAAAAUGAUAACAACAUUCAAGAAAUUCGCGAGCUGCAACAAGUUCCCGUUUUAUUGCGGGCCGAGGUUGGCAUGGCUUUGCCAUGCUUAUCCGUUCGAGUGCUGAAUCCAUUCGUUUCUCGAACCGGUUGA